AUGGCCUCAGCCCCCAAGAGGAUGAGGGAGGAAGCCAUGUGCUCCAUCUGCUUGGAGCUGAUGACAGAGCCCGUGAGCAUCCAGUGUGGGCACAGCUUCUGCCGCCGGUGCAUAGAGGGCAUCCUUGAGAAACCACAAGGCACAUCAUCCCUGAGCGAGCCUCAAUGUCCCUGUUGCCGGGCACCAUUUCAAAGGGAGAGUCUCCGAUCCAUCAAGCAACUGGAAAACCUCAUUCAGACUCUCAAGGAGACAGACAGUGAGAGGCUGUGUGAGGAACAUGGGGAACGGCUCCACCUGUUUUGUGAGGAUGACGGGCAGCUCAUCUGCUUGCACUGUGAGCGCUCCCCCCAGCACAGAGGACACCGCAUGCUUGUAGUGGAGGACGUGUAUCCAGGCUACAAGGAAAAGCUCCAGGGGAUGGUGACAAAACUGAAGGCAGAGCAAGACCGCUGUAAGAGACUGAAGUUGGAAAAGAAAGAUGAAAUAAGACAAUGGGAGGAGAACAUUGAACUUCAGAGACAAAAAAUCAAUUCUGACUUUUGGACUCUCCGCAACUUCCUCGAUGAGGAGGAGAAGGCUUAUCUGUGGAGACUGCAGAAUGAGAAAGAGAAGGGGCUGGAGAGACUGCAGGAAGGUGAAGCCAGUCUGGAAAAGCAGAGCUUUCAACUUGAGUGCCUCACACUGAAAUUAGAGAAGAUGAGUCAAGAAUCACCCCAGAAUUUGCUGCAGGGUAUGAAGGAUACACUAAAAAGGCAUUCAGAUGUGGAGCUGAAAGUACCAGAGGCUGUGUCUUUGGCCCCUCAAACUGUGUGCAAUGUUUCUGAGCUUUACUGUGAUGUGAGGAAAUUAAUAAAGCGCUACCAAGUUGGCGUGACUCUGGAUCCAGACACAGCUCAUCGUGAACUAAUUCUGUCUGCGGAUCGGAGACGUGUGACCCGUGGCAGCCCCCAGAAGAAGCAUUUCAGUAUUAAGAGAUUCCAUGCUUUACCCUGUGUCCUGGGCCGUGAGGGCUUCACCUCAGGAAGACGUUACUUUGAAGUGGAUGUGGGAGAAGGAUCUGGGUGGCACAUAGGAGUUUGUCUGGAAAAUGUGCAGAGGGACAAGGACAUGAUCCCAGAGCCUCAGUCUGGCUUCUGGGCCAUCAGACUCUGCCAGGAGAAUGGCUACAUGGCCCUUACCUCUCCCCCUACUCUCCUUCCAUUGAAGGAGCGGCCCCUGCUGGUGGGGGUUCUUCUGGACUAUAAGACUGGACUUGUGUCCUUUUACAACAUGAACACUGGCUCCCACAUCUUCACCUUCCCAAGGGCCUCCUUCUCUGAGACUCUUCGGCCUUAUUUCCAGGUUAAUCAUUCUUCUCCUUUGUACCUCCCUCCACCAUUGGAGUUAUCAUAAGAACAGUCUCUUUCGUAUAACCAUUGCAGAAAUAUAAUGUGAGUUCUCUUGGCAAAGA